AUGUCGCGUUCCAGAAAAAAUGAAAGACCAGCAAUGCUGCUCAUCAAAAAUAUGCAGAUUAACCUUAGUUCGAGCGAACCAGGUGGAAAACUCGGACGUUUAUUAUUUGGGCCGGAUACUAAACCUAAGUUAGAAUUUAGUAUAGAUGAUAAGAGAUGCAAGACUACGGAAACUAAAAUUAGUAGGAAGAACGAGGCUUCUUGGUCUGAGCAUUUGACCUUUGAAUUAUCGCCUCCGGUAAAAGAAGUUCUACAUGUAAAUUGUUACGACAUGAGUAGGGGAGGUGACGAAGGAUUUUUCGGAAAAGCUGAAUUAAAUUUAAGUUCUUGCGAAGCUAAAGGAAAAAUCCCAGUGGAGUUACCCUUGGAAAACUUGGAAAAACAUAAAAAAUCUGUCGGAAAUGUAUUUUUUACUAUUUAUUUUCUUUCCGGGAAUCUACCAAAAGAUGCUGACCUAAACUUACGUGACGAGUCUUCGUCAAAUAAUAUAAAAGGCGUACUAUUGUUAAAAAACAUUACUUGCAAAGGAAUAGGCGCAAAAGGUCAUUUAGAAUUACUCCUCCGGAUUCAGGACAAUCCAACUGAAGUUGGAGCUCAGGAACGGUCAACUCGUAGGCGGAGCCAAGCUCCGGUAACUGAUAUUACUAAAAAACAUACGACCGAGAAAUAUUGGAACAUGUCACCAGAGGAAUGUGAAUAUCCCAUAGCGUUUUCUCUGAUUGACAAAAACAUAAAAUUAUGCAUUCAAUACCGAUACUUUUCAAUGAUCAAUGGCUUUGCAAAAGCAGAACUUGAAAUCAACUCCGCAGAAAAUUGGAAAACAUUAAUGGAAACGGGAAUGCUUAAAUGUGAUCUACCACUUAAAGGAACCGAUCUUGAUGGCCAUACGAGGUUCAAUAUAUCUUUUCAUACAUUGACCACUUUUAAGCAAAUUAUCGAAGAAAAUUCUCAAGAAACAACACAAGCACAUGAUGGCGAGAGCAAUAAUCCUAACCAAGAGGAAGGAAAUAUAAACGAGAACUCUGAAGAUGGGCCGAAAACAGAGACAAAAAAGCCACCAUCUCGGAGUAACUCUUCAGCAAGUUCAGAAAAAUCACAACCGUAUAGUCAUUCGCGGAGGACUAGCACGUUUUCAUCAACAAGUUCCACUUCAAGAUUUAGUAAUAGAACAAAUUCAACAUAUCGUAGCAAAAGAACACCAAACGAAAAUUAUGGAAGCGUAAAGAUUGUCUGUUCGAGAUCAUAUAUAUUAUCUUCGGUUGAAUAUCAAGAAAGGAAAUAUAGAAAUCGAUUAUACAAAGGGCAAACUAAUUAUUAUUCUUCAGAUCAAAUAAUAAUCAAAGUGUUUGAGCAUCAAUCUUUAUGGGAAAAUGAAAGGAAGUUUCUCUGUCGGUUACAGUCAAAAUAUGUCGUUAAAUGGAUGGAUAUGGAAAUUGAUCGUCCUUUUGGAGGCUUUGUGUCUAUUACCUGUUAUGCUGGCGAGGAUUUGGAAGCAAAACAACAUAUAUUUAAUGAUCCCAUUUCAAAAAAACAAAUAUUAUUAAGCAUUUCUAAAGCAAUUAAAUUUCUUCAUGAUCAAGAAAUUGCUCACCUUGAUUUGAAACCUUCAGAUAUUAUUUGUAAGCCGAAUAAAGAUUGCAAGAUACGUCUGUGUGAUUUUGAAAUGGCGAAAGAAUUUGGAAACCUUCUACAAUUUAAUCACGAUGACUUUGUCCCUGGAUUUAGUGCCCCAGAGAUUGUGCAACCUCCCACUAUUCCUAUUAAAGUUAGCUCCGCGCAAGAUAUCUUUAGCUUAGGAUGCAUUUUCUACUUUAUCCAUACGAAAAAAAUUAUUUAUGAAUCUUUUGACGACUUAUCAACGUGUGUAGGUAAGGUUCGUUGUGAUAUUUUCGAUCAAGGGGCUGCAAGUAUCAUUGUCCAAAUGUUAGACCAGGAUCCAAUUAAUCGUCCAAAAAUACAAAAAGUGAUAGACUCGGAUUAUUUUAAGGAAGAUUCAGAUACUUAUAAAGAGGAUUAA